GGGGCGCCUCCACGCAUGCGCGAGCCCGCCCAACCGCUGGGCUCCCGCCGCCAUUCGAACGGCCGCUGAGAGGAAAGGGCGGGCGGGCAGGCAGGCGGUAGCAUGGAUGCGGAGUUCUCCCGCGUUCCCGUCUACGGAGAGUUCCACCGCGGCCCUGCGGAAACGCAGGUGCCUUUUUCCUCAAAGAAGCAAUGUGGUGGUAAAGCAACAGGGCUGGAGCUCAACAAGGAUCCCGAUUUUAACUUCGGCUCCAAUGUCCCGGCAGAUGGUGUGUUCAGAGCUACAAAUCAAGGGAUUCCUAAAUCUGCCAAGAAAGUGGAGCCGCCUUUGAAGAAGGCAGCCACGAGAGGACCUCUGAACAGAUACAAACUAGAGGCAGAGCUGAAGACCAAGAAUCAGCUGUUGGAAUCAGCCAAACAGCAGUUGCACUCCAGAUUAACAGAAGCCCAGGGCACUCUAAAGGAGUUAAAGGAGGAGAAUGAAGGCCUGGUGCAAGAAGUGGAGAAGCUCAAGAAAUUUCAGGAGACUUGCAUGGUGAUUUUAGAAAGCAGAAACAUUGAUCCCGUUACAGGCAGCAGCAUCUUGGAGGAGGAAGAAAAAGCAAAGGAAUGCCAGCAGCAGACGAAGCUUUUAACUGAGAAGCUCACGGCAGAAUUGAGGCUAUUUAAUGAAACAGCUGGAAAAGAAAAGGAGGCACUUCAGGCAGCCAUGGCGAAGUGGAAAUCGGCAGAGGAAGAGAGACAGCGUUCCCUGGAGAAGCAUUCCUCCUUUCAGGAGGAGAUGAAGGAAUGCUCGGCCCUCCUGGAUGAGCUGGAGCAGCUCCUGGUUCAGUGAGGCACAAGGAUGGGCUGCGCUGUUUCCCUUCUAGUGUGGCGGUCUCUACUUUGCAAACCUCGUUCGUACGUCUGCAACAAGAAGCUGGGUGCAGGUCACACGUGCAGGAUGGCAGCGGGGCGAGGUGAGCAGGGACUGCCGGCUGCACAGGAGUCAAGUGCUCGCGGCUGGUUGUUUAAUUGUCUGCUGGGACUUAGCCUGGAUUUCCUUACUGCACACCUCGCCAACGGCUCACGUGUUUCGAUCCGCUAGCAUUUAUUUCCUUGUAUUAAGUCUUUUUGAUUAAACGUGUUAGAAAGGCA